AUGGCCACCUUCCCGACCAGCAAGGAGGGCUUCAUCUACUCGCCCGAUGCAGGGCUUCAUCCGGGCCUCGCCACCGAGGGAGCCAUUCGCCCGCUCACCUCGUUCGCCUCCGCCUCGUCGGCAAGGCCGUUCGACACGAUCGUGAUCGGCGCUGGCUACGCCGGCCUCACCGCCGCACGCGAUCUCACGCUCGCCGGGCAAAAGGUCCUGCUCCUCGACGCGCGCGACCGUAUCGGCGGCCGCACCUGGACCUCGCAGGUCGACGGGGAGAAGUACGAGAUGGGCGGCACGUGGAUCCACUGGCAGAUGGGCUUCGUCUGGAGGGAGAUUACCCGGUACGGCCUCGAGCGUCGCCUCAAGGUCACACCCAACGCCGAGUUCGCCGACUACGCGUUCAACAAGACGACGUUUAACGGCAAAGUUCUGCAAGAGCCCUUUGUGCCAAACUUCCAGAUGUGCGAGGACGCGUUCAAGCGCUUCGUCGACGUCGACGGUCAAGGAGGCGCGACCGUCAUCGCCGUCCCGACGCAGGUCGUCGCGGGUCAAUUCGUCGACGACAGACUCGUCGACAAGUACGACCGCAUGAGCAUCGCCGACCGCAUCGCCGAGGUGCGCGCCAAGAACAUCUGCUCUGAGCGCGAGCUCGCUUUCCUCGUUCCGUGGUUCGUCCUGAGCUGGGGCGCCCGUCCCGAGAACGCGUCGAUGCUCGAGCUCAUCAAGUGGGCACGUCACGGCGAGAACUCGUUCGCGCUCCUCGCCGACAACCAGUUUGCCGACGGCCAGUCGCACUUCGCCAAGUGCUUCUUCGACGAGGCGCUCGAGACGGGCAACCUCGCCUACUCGCUCGAGACGGUCGUCCGCAAGGUCGUCGACCGCCACGGCUCGGUCGAGGUCGUCACGGACAAGGGCUCGUUCAAGGCGAACAAGGUCGUCAGCACGCUGCCGAGCAACGUCGCCGCCAAGGUCGAGGAGGCCUUCUCGAAGCAGCACGUCGGCCAAGGGCACAAGAUCCACUCGCGCGUUGCCGCGCCGCAGCUGCGCUCGGGCGUCUGGAACGCCUGGAACGAGGACCCGUCCGACCCGGUCGAGCUCGCCGCCGCGUUUGGCGACCAGACGCUCAAGGACGGCACGGUCGCCGUCGUCGCGUUCGGCGGCGGCAACUCGGUCGGGAACCAGCCGAGUUCGGACCCGACCAAGAUCAAGCGCUGGCUCGCGACGGUCGACCCCGAGCUGAGCGAGCACUACCUGAGCUCGGUCUGGCACGAGUGGGUCGCCGACCCGUACGCGCAGGGUCACUGGUGCAUGUACGGCCCGCGCUACUACACCUCGUACUUCAAGGAGCUGCAGAAGCCGCACGGCAACGUCGAGUGGGCCUCGGCGGACUGGGCAGAUGGGUGGAAGAGUUUCAUCGACGGCGCGAUCGAGCAGGGCAGCAAGGCGGCGUACCGCAUCACGCGCGAGUGGCGGAGGCCGCCUCAGCAGGCGCGGUUGUAGACGGUCGCCAGCUCUCGUCCGUCCUCAAGGACAACGUUCGUCAUUCGCUUCUCUCUCUCUCUCUCGCUUGCAUUGGCAUACGUUCGCUGUGA